AUGUUUGUGCUAUACCUUGCAUUUGCUACAUGUAUGUCUCUAAAGAAGGCUUUGUUUGAAGACGGAGAUUUGCAGAGUGCAAUUGAUGUUUGUGAAACAAGAUUAGAUCCGUUUGAUCAUUUCUAUUCAUACUUUGUGAAGAAGGUGUUUAUGGGUAAAGCAGAUGAAGCACUAACUGCGUAUGUGCUGUCGAGUGGGGAUGAUUUAAGAAAUAUUGUUCUUGGCUCUGUAGCAAUGAACUCAGGAAGUGUAAAUAAGGACCUAAAGCUUGCAGCUGACUUGCUCUGGAGUGAAUCAUCGAAGGUUUCCAUGAAAUACCUGCACAAUCCACACGAAUUCAGUGUGAUGGACCGAUUUGAAAGCUUAGAAAAGACGCUUUUACCAUCUAGGGCUAUUGAGAACAUUAUCACCAUGGUUUAUUCUGGAGAUGAAGGGUCUGGACAGUUAUUUCUGUCACUGCUUGAUAGAAAGCAAUUGUUUUUAAAGGACCACACUCGGGUAGUGAUGCAUCUUGCACAGAAAGGACAUGCACGAGCACUUGGAUACCUUGGUGAGAUGCACUACUACGGAAUAGGCGUGGAGAUGUCUCUUGAGAAGGCAAUGUUUUUCUACUCCAAAGCGAAGGAGAUGAAUGAUGCGAUUGGGAUGUGUGGAGUUGGAAAGGUACUGCUUUCAUCAGAGUAUAUGGACAAGAAGAAUGCAAGACAUACACUUGCUCGUGCAUCAAGGUUUUUACGUUCUGGAGAGAUUGAGUAUUUGUUGUAUCUAUUGAAUUUGAGCAGGCAGUCUUUGAAUGCAGACAUGCAUAUGGAGAAUGCAUUGAGACAGGGGUACCUUCCAGCAAUACACAUGGAUGGAAUGAAAUACUACCUGAGGGGAGAGUAUGCAGGUGCAUGUGCUAGAUAUCAAGCAGUGUUGGAAUAUUCAGAUGUAAUGGUUGAACUGAGGAGUAUGGCUCAAAAGAACUUUGUAGAAGGAAAGUAUAGACAGAGUGUAAUUGCCUUACUUAUGUGUGCAGAGCUUGGAUCGAUGCAUUGCAUGCAGAAUGCAGUGUAUUUACUUGAAAGGCAUUGGCUAUUUGAUAACCAACAUGAGAUUCUUUUAUGGCUUUAUAUGCAGCUUCUUCAAAGAGGAGACUAUGAAGUGGUGAAUAGGAUAGGAAAUGCGUAUUUCUAUGGACGAGGAGUAGCAAAAUCGUACAAGGAUGCACUGGCAUACUAUAUGUCGGCAGCGCUGAUGAACAGUGCCGAAGGACAUUAUAAUGUUGGAUAUAUGUAUGAGCAUGGAUAUGGAGUUGAGAAAAGUGUUGUGAGUGCAUUACGGCACAUAAUGAGGAUACAGUCGACGGAUGAGGUGUAUUUGUUGUUGUUCUACACGUAUCUACGACUUGGGAUGAAGCUUAUUGUAGGAAGUGUGUUGAAUAAGUAUGUAGUGGGACUCUAUGUGGGAUGGAUGGGAAUACGAAAGAUGUGUAAGAUUGGGAUGAAGAGGGAAUUGAAUGUAAAUGCUAGAGAUAAAAACAACUGA